CUCGAAUCCGUCGUCAUGACCAGUUAUUAUUUGGCUCGCUUUAAGGACUCGUAUCGGCAGGCCACCAUCGAUCUGAUGUUGGGCAAUCAGGUCUCCUCGGAAUUGCUCACUGCUCUGGGUGGUCAAGCGGCGCCGGAUGAGAACGAUGCAUCCGAAAACGCUGAACACGCCAAGAUGCUUGUGGAGGACUGCCGUCGUCUGCUACUGGGAUCCGCUCAGUAUCCAGUCGGUACUUGGGGCCUCAUCGACGCUGAUCCAAGCUCGGGAAAUGCCAACGAAACCGAGGUGGAUUCUAUACUGCUGCUCACCGAUGACUGCUACAUUGUGGCCGAGUACGACUCGCAUCUGGAUAAGAUCGUUCGUUUUGAGAAGGUGUACCUAUCUCUGGUGCGUCUUAUAGAGCUGGGCAUGCACCAGCAGCCGAAGAUAUUCCAGGGAUCAGCACCGGCCCAUCUGUGUCUGCGAAUAAACUAUAUAGUCGACGAGCAGGAGGGCUAUUUUCGCAUGUUCCGCUCCGCCAACUUGCGCUUCUUCAAUAACGUUGCCUAUGUAAUCAAGAUGCAGGAGGAGCUCACCGAGUCAAUGACAUCCAUUGUGGAUAUGUUCCGCAUUGCUCUGGAUAAUGCUGGAAAUACGGAUGUACGGAUUGUCACUGGCGGAGUGCUUCAGCGAAGGAAAAGCAAGGUGCCCAACCUUGAUGUACCCAGAGGCAUGCCGCGAAACCGUUCCGAAUCUCAGUUGGUGCAACUCAGCUCUAAGGCUUUGUCAAACGUAGCCGGGCAGUUCUCUAAACUGGGCCAGAGUUUUAAGAAGCCCUCGAGCUACCAUUUAAAUAUCUUUAAAUAUACGUUUUUGAUCGAGUUGUGGUAG